AUGAGAAAAGGAUCUAUACAACCUUUUAAAAGUACUGUUCAGCAUCGUCAAGGAAAGGUGUGUCUUAAGUCCCGGCCUUUGGAAACUUGUGUUUGCUAAAUCUCGAUAACGGACAAAAUCGUUGUUUUUAAAUGGAUUUACGAAUGAUGUCGUUUUGUGAUGACGAAAACAAAGGAUUCGCGCGCGCAGCAUUCUAAAUUCCAUAAUUGACGUACUAAUAAUUGUGACGUAGACAAUGGAAACUUUAAACUUUCCUACCAAUUAGCAAGAUGGUUUUCGCUUCUUUUUGGGUUGGUUAUAUCGCAGCCAACAGGCUGUGGAAUUUUUGCUUUCGUGCAAGGGUGCCUACAGCACUAAAAGUGAUACCUCAACAAAGGUAGUUUUGAAUUUUUAUUGUAUAUUUCAGCGAAAGAAAAGUACGUUCGUGCGCAACAUACGAGAUUAAGUUCAAACACCAAAGUGAAGUGAAGUCCAGUCAAAUUGAAGUCUUCCUCCUCUUUGCUAUUUCCUCCUCUUUGCUAUUUAGUUUAAAAGUGGACUUAGAUAAAUUUUUAAUUAUAGUACGCUUGUUGAUAAACACCUAAAAGGCCUUUUCGUGUUGAUUAGCUUUAUGAUCUUUUCUGAGACGCACUCGCGUUCGCGCUUUUGUUUUUGUUUUUGUUAAGGACAGCACGCGUUAAAAAAACGUAACACUUUGAAAAAAAUGUAAUUACAGUUCUAAGUGUUUUUGUUGGUUGCCCGACAAAUUGCAAAACUGAACAAAAAUAGUAAAAUUUCAGCAACAAAGUUCUUCCUAACGACAUUUAAAGAUUCCUUUUCUCGAUAAAGCUUCAAUCACUAAAAUAGUAUCGAAAGUUAGAAUGUUAUUACGGACGUUUAUGACUGUGUAAAAAUACUCGUUUAUUUCUCUUAUUUCUUUUUUUUUUUUAGGAUCAAGAAUAGUAAUCUUAAUAUAAGUCGGAAGAUAGAUCAAGCACAACAGACGGUAAUAAAAAUGUUUUAAUGUAAAAAUAACUGAUAGAUUUACAGUCUACCUUUUAAAACUACGUUCUCUGCUGUGCAUAUGGGAAAACUCUCUUUCCUAAAGGCCGCGUUACACUUGUCCAGUGGACAGGCAAAGAGGGCCUUCAGGAAAGAAGAUAACGUGCAAGGAGACAGGAUAAUUGGCUCGAAAAAAGGAUUGUCCUCUUAGUCCUCUCUUUGUUGCUAUUAGCAGUAUAAGGGUCCUGUUACCACUAAGUGAAGGUAACGUCGCAACUAAUUUAAUAAAGCGGCACCACAGCAAAGUAUUUGGGGGCUAAUAGUUUGUUCCUUGCGACAAAAAUCAAGUACAAUGCAAUCAAUAGCUUUAAAAUGUCAAAGGGUAAAGGGCCGCUACUUAAAAAAUAAGUAGCUUUAACUAUUCAUCUGUUCAAAUGUUCUAAAAGCACAGCCCGAAUGAAAAAUCCUAAUUAUGCUGACAGUUUCGAUGACUGGCAGCAAUCUUUAUUAAAACUAAAAACGUCACAGGUGUCACAGGCGCGGAUCCACACCGGUUUCCACCGUUUUACGGAAAUCGGUCAGGUUUUUCAUAAUAAAUAUAUUUUUAAUAAUAAUAGAAGAACUUUCCAAGUUGAAAUCUGGAAAAUGGUCUGUACAAAUGUUUUCUUUUUCCAGUUUACGGGCAUUAGAAAGAAACCGGGGAAAGGGAACUUCAGGGAAUUAAAACCCAAAAAAAUUCCCGGGGGUGCAUCCGGGCUCCUCCAGAAGCUUGCUCCCUCGGCCCCUCGUUUAGGAAAUCGGUCAGUAUUUAUCCUAGAUCCGCGUCUGUGUCAGUAGCCCUAAAUAAGCUUCUGAAGGUGAAGGUGCAAAGUCAAUCUGUCGAGUCCAACCCUCCUCCAUGGCUGGGGGUGGAAAUCAUUUGCGUCCACAUAGGAGCUGGUAUGCUCCCUUAUCCCUAGCCAUGGUAGGAGUUUCCGUCCUUUAAAUACGUAUGCUUUCGUAAAUCCAUCUCAACAACACCACCAAUAUUUUAUUUCCCUUAUUUUUUUACAAGAGUUCUCUUGAAGUUUUCGCUUUCCUGCUCAACUUUUUCGGGCUAUGCUUUAAGAACAUUUGAUUAGAUAUUUGAAAUUUCUAGCCUAAUGAAUUUCUUCAAGAGUAAACUAGUCAUCAUCUGGGCCUAGUUGUUCAGAAGGUGGAUAACGCUAUCCAGUGGAUAAAUAUCUAUCCAGUGGAUAUUGCAAUCGGUUUUCCUAAUACUUAUCCACUGGAUAGUGAUUUAUCCGAUGGAUAGCGCUAUCCGAUGUUUGAACAACCGGGGCCUGACGGACAACCCUGAGGCCAGUAGCCUCCCCUAUCCCCUCAGACUCCCCUCCCUUCAUAUAUCAGUGCACUGUUUUGCGGGUAUUUAAUACUACUAAAAGCUACAUGGAAGUGAAAUACGUCGAAAAAAGAUAUUUGAGGUCACGCCUAAGAACCGAACUCGGGACCAUUCUUUCACGGGUCAAUCCUUGUUUUCAAAGAAAAAUCAGCACUCUCCGCUUUGCAACUUACGUGACUCUUCGCUUUUAAAUUCACAGCUUCCUAUCCAAGCAUCUGCAAGCAGUGUUACUGUCAACACUGACAGGUUGGCGCCAGAGUGUGACGCUGCUUUUAAGGCGUGCACCGAUGUGGAAACCGUCCAAGCUUCUGCGCUUCAUGUUUCUAACUCAGAAGGAGUCUUGGCUAUUGGAGACAAUUUAUCCGAGGCUCAGAUAGUCCAGAAGACUGUCAAUGAGUUAAUUGAUAAUGUGAUUGCGGCCGUUGAAGCAAAGGUUCCAGUCGUCAAAGAAAUUUUGCAUGACAUCCAUCUGGAAGGUGACAAGCUUAACGGCAAAGCGCACGAGUGCAUGUUAGAGUGGGAUAAUGAUAGUUCAAUUAAUCCAGAAGCUGCAUCCGAGGCAGAGAUAAUCCAGGAGGUUGUCAAUGAGUUAAUUGAUAAUGUGACUGCGACCGUUGAAGUAAAGGCUCCAGUCGUCAGAGAAACUUUGAAUGCCCUCCAUCUUGAAGGUGACAAGUUAAACGGCACAGCGCACGAGUGUAUGUUAGAGCUGGAUAAUGAAAGUGCAAUUAAUUAUCCAAAAGUUGCAUCCGAGGCAGAGAUCAUCCAGGAUGUUGUCAAUGAGUUAGUUGAUGUGACUGCGACCGUUGAGGCAAAGGCUCCAGUCGUCAGAGAAACUUCAAAUGCCCUCCAUCUUGAAGGUGACAAGUUAAACGGCACAGCGCACGAGUGCAUGUUAGAGUGGGAUAAUAUACGUGCAAUUAAUUAUCCAAAAGCUGCAUCAGAGGCAGAGAUAAUCCAGGAGAUUGUCAAUGAGUUAAUUGAUAAUGUGACUGCGACCGUUGAGGCGAAAGCUCCAGUCGUCAAAGAAACUUUGAAUGCCCUCCACCUUCAAGGUGACAAGUUUAACGCCACAACGCUAGAUUUCAAGUUAGAGUGGGAUGAUGAAAGUGCAAUUAAUUAUCCAGAAGCUGCAUCCGAGGCAGAGAUCAUCCAGGAUGUUGUCAAUGAGUUAGUUGAUGUGACUGCGACCGUUGAGGCGAAGGCUCCAAUCGUCAGAGAAACUUCAAAUGCCCUCCAUCUUGAAGGUGACAAGUUUAACGGCACAACGCUCGCGUUCAUGUUAGAGUGCGAUAAUGAAAGUGCAAUUAAUCCAGAAGCUGCAUCCGAGGCAGAGAUAAUCCAGGAUGUUGUCAAUGAGUUAAUUGAUGAUGUGACUGCGACCGUUGAGGUAAAAGCUCCAGUCGUCAAAGAAACUUUGAAUGCCCUCCACCUUCAAGGUGACAAGUUUAACGCCACAACGCUAGAUUUCAAGUUAGAGUGGGAUGAUGAAAGUGCAAUUAAUUAUCCAGAAGCUGCAUCCGAGGCAGAGAUCAUCCAGGAUGUUGUCAAUGAGUUAGUUGAUGUGACUGCGACCGUUGAGGCGAAGGCUCCAAUCGUCAGAGAAACUUCAAAUGCCCUCCAUCUUGAAGGUGACAAGUUUAACGGCACAACGCUCGCGUUCAUGUUAGAGUGCGAUAAUGAAAGUGCAAUUAAUCCAGAAGCUGCAUCCGAGGCAGAGAUAAUCCAGGAUGUUGUCAAUGAGUUAAUUGAUGAUGUGACUGCGACCGUUGAGGUAAAGGCUCCAGUCGUCAAAGAAACUUUGAAUGCCCUCCACCUUCAAGGUGACAAGUUUAACGCCACAACGCUAGAUUUCAAGUUAGAGUGGGAUGAUGAAAGUGCAAUUAAUUAUCCAGAAGCUGCAUUCGAGGCAGAGAUCAUCCAGGAUGUUGUCAAUGAGUUAAUUGAUAAUGUGACUGCGACCGUUGAGGUAAAAGCUCCAGUCGUCAGAGGAGCUUUGAAUGUCCUCCACCUUGAAGGUGACAAGUUAAACGGCACAGCGCACGAGUGCAUGUUAGAGUGGGAUAAUGAAAAUGGAAUUAAUUAUCCAAAAGAUGCAUCCGAGGCAGAGAUCAUCCAGGAGAUUGUCAAUGGGUUAAUUGAUAAUGUGACUGCGACCGUUGAGGUAAAAGCUCCAGUCGUCAGAGAAACUUCAAAUACCCUCCAUUUUGAAGGUGACAAGUUAAACGGCACAGCGCACGAGUGCAUGUUAGAGUUGGAUAAUGAAAGUGCAAUUAAUAAUCCAAAAGCUAUAUCCGAGGCAGAGAUCAUCCAGGAGAUUGUCAAUGAGUUAAUUGAUAAUGUGACUGCGACCGUUGAGGCAAAAGCUCCAGUGGUCAGAGGAACUUUGAAUGCCCUCCACCUUGAAGGUGACAAGUUUAACACCACAACGCUAGAGUUCAUGUUAGAGUGGGAUGAUGAAGGUGCAAAUCAACCAGAAAAUGCAUCCGAUGCACAGAUAGCACAGGGAGUGAUCAAUAGUUUAGUUGAUAAUGUGGUUAAGCUCGAGACUCAUGGGGUUCCAGUCGUGCUCAAAAGCUUUAAUGAAAACUUGAAUGACCUCUCUGUUGAAGACGACAAACUCAACGGCACAGCUCACGAGUGCACAUUAGAAUGGGAAACCGUCGGUGUUUUUGAACCACAAACUUCAUCCGAGGCUGAAAGUGUUAAUGCAGUGACUGACAGCAAUUAUCAAGAAAAAGUUGUUUCUUGUGUUGCACAUGAAUUUGGUGCAGCAGAAGUGAAAAACAGCGCUGUUUGUAAAUCGUUUCCUGACUUUGCCAUCGAGUUGGAAAGUGUAGGUGGGGUCACUGAGAUACUCUUAGAAGAAGAAAUUGUGAACGUUACAGCUCAAGAUUUGACGGCAGAUGUAAGAACCAGCAGUGUUAGUGAACUGGAAAGCAUCACUAAGGCAGAGGACAUUGCUUCGGCAGCAGAAACAAUCCAGGCCGUCCUGUAUGAAUCAAAUGAUGUGAUCGAACUCGAGUCUGACAAUACAGUGGUGUUUGAAAGCGUCAAUGAAACCUUGAAUGAUAUCCCCGCUGAAGUUGACAAGCCAAGCAGUGUAGUUCAUGAGUUCACUUUAGAAUGGGAAGACGUAAGUGCCCUUAAACCCGAGAGAGCAGAGAAGUUUCAAAGUGUGACCGAAGUAACUGAAACUUUCGAAAAAGAAGAAGUUUUCUCUGACGUUGAACAUGAAUUCAGCCCAGCAGAAGUGAAAUCCAGAACUGUUAGUGGAUUGCACGCACCCGAACUUGCUUUUGAUUCACAAAGUGAAUCGGCAACCGCCGACAUUCCUCUCGAGUUGAGUCAUUUCGCAAAAAUCACUCACGAGUCAGUUCCAGCAAAAAAGGAUAGUGCGUUUUUCAGCGAUGGUUCAAAUCAGAUGGAGAAUGGUAAGGAUGACUCCACAAUCUAUGAUGAUGAAGUUCAAGCUGCAGAAGUAAAAACAGGCAACAUCAUUUUAAACGAAAGUUCGUUGGAAUUAAAAAGUGUAAGUGAGAUCGUUCAAUUUCCUUUAAGAAUAAAGACUGUGACUCAUCAACUCACUCCUGAAUUGCAACUUGUCAGUUUAUGACUAAGAGAUCAUUUGAUGGCAAGGAGAUCACUUGUGGCAAAAGUAGUUGACACACUUGCAAUUGCCAUGUGUCUAAAACGGGGGUGCUUUUAUCAGCAAUUUCAUUCAUUCAUUAUUUCAUUCUAUUUAAACGCCGUAAAUCCUCCUACCCCCGAAUCCAUGUUGUUGAAGUAAAAGAAAGACUUGAGGGUCUAAAAUGCAACAUUUAUUUUGGGGGAGUGGGUACACAGGGGAGGAGAGGAUAGGUAUGUCCACUAUGCAAAAAGGGGCCAUUUCAUAGAAGUGUCUCAACAAAUGUCCCUUAUUGUGGCUUGAAGUCCGAAAAAAUAAAUACAACUAAAGAUGCUCCAGUUCAUGUUUGAAAAUCAUUGGAACGAAUACUUCGUUUCAAUAUGUAUGUGUUUUUUUUUCGUCAGGUUGAUUAUGCAACUGAAUUCUCGGAUUUUAAAGAUCAUUUUAUUGCAAACAAGACUUUGUGCAACAGAGAUUUCGAACAAACUGGGUAAGACUUUCCUUCAACAGAAUGAGAAGGGAAAGUGAACGAUCUCUUCAUCCUUGACGGUAUUUACCAAGACACAAUACAAGAAUAAAAUCGAAAACCGAAUCUGUUAAAUUUGAUACUAGUAGUAAUCAAAGAUUAUUGUGUGUCGCCUUAGGGAAUUACCCUUACAAUUAGCUGGGUUGUUUAAAGGCCGAUUUAGACGCUACAAUUUUUGCUUACGACUAUCGUGCGCGACUAGCAUACGUCGUGACUUUCAACCAUCCACAACGCGUGCAAUUUAUACCUACGACAUCCGCAAUGUGCCGUACGAGUGUCGUGGGUCUAAUUUAUGCGACACGAUCUGUCGAGAAGUCGCAUGCUAAUUGCGCGCGAAAGUCGUAAGCAAAAAUCUUGCCGUCUAAAUCAGCCUUGAGAAACCAGGGGGGAUUCUCUUAUAUAAACCAUGUAGGUAUGUGCCGCCCCAAAAGGUAGGGUUUUUGCGCCGUUUCGGUCUCAAAACGGGAAUAGAUUUUGCUCAUUUUGUCUGGAAUCGGAUAUGGUUUCGAGGAAACUAUGGAAGUGUAUGAACGUAUUUUUCGUUUCAAUUCCGAAUGAAUCCGAAACAAAGGGUAAUAUGCGAAUUCGAAAUGGAUCUUAAGAAAUGUUUUUGUUUGAACUAUAGUCUAAAAAUGAUAACUUCAUUUCUACAUAUAACAAGUCUAAAAACGGGUAUGGAUUUAAGAGACCGGGGCUGAAAACGGGUGUGGAAAAUAACAUUUUUAAGUCUGAAUAAGAGACAGGAUUUGCAGAACUACCAAAAAUUACCGUCAAUACCCGCUUCCCCCGGGUAAGAAUAAACUAAAAAUAGUCAAUAGUUUCUUGACCAGGCUUUGAUGUACGGAAUAUUUAGAAAAGAAAGAGAUUUUAAUACGAAAAAAGUAAUAUGAAAUAUUUACGAAAGUUUAGCUCGCCUUGUAGUUUUCUAAGCGAAAGUCGCAACGCAAAACCACCGAAACACGAAGGGCACGAUGGUAUUGGAUAAUUACCUGACGUGAACAAUUGGUUAUAAACCGACAACCUCUUUUCUCGAUUUCUCGCACUAAGAAACAUGCACAGACUGCCCACGAAAUCAAAGAACACUCAACGACUCGAGUAAGGGUAUUUAGUGUACUAAAAUCGUGUUGUGACCAACUAGAAAGUGUUGGUUAUCGUUGCAUGUUUUCUUUUUUUAAAAUUUCAGCAUCACAGCAAACGUUUAAUAGAAACAUGUUUUAAAAAACGCUAAAGCCAAGGAAUUUAUCCCCGCGACGUCAUCUCAAGCAACUGGUGGAUUUGAAACAGAACUUCUGUCUUAAUCAGUUCGCCAGUUGCUUGAGAUUUCAGCAGACUUAAGCUUGGGUAUAUAUUGCUGUAGUUGAUACUCUGUAGAAUUUUUUGUACUAGAAUCUUUUUGGGACAACAUGAAACGUGUUUGUUAUCGUUGCAUCGUGUCUUUUUCUUAAAUUCCAGCAAACGUUGAAUACAUAUUAUACAAACAUGUUUUAAAAAACGCUAAAGCCAAGGAAUUUAUCCCCAUGGUGUCAUUUUAAGCAACUGGUGGAUUUAAAACAGAACUUUUGUUUGAAAUCCGUCAGUUUAUUGAGAUUUCAGUAGACAAGAGCUUGGGUAUAUAUACUACUGUGGUUGCAUUGAUAAUAUUUAGUAUUAAGUGUACUAAAAUCUUGUUGUGACAAACUGGAGCGUGUUGGUUAUCGUUUUGAAUCGUUGCAUAUUGGCUUUUUUAACCGUUUGAUAUUGUUUUCAGCAUCACUGCAAACACUGAAUACAAACACGUUUUAAAUGCCAAGAAACUGAGAAAUUUAAAACACUGUACCUUAACUCAAUUCUAAAAGUUAUCCUGAUAGCAAAGCUUGCCAAGUGUUACACUAGCUCAACUCCAACAAACUGUUUCAGAGUCCUAAUUAUCCGAACGUAGAUAAGUCUGUUCAGUCUCUGGUGUACUUUCCGGGCUUGCAAGCAUAGACAGAAGAGUCCCACAUGGCUCAAUUUUAGGUCCUCUUCUCCUUUUACACGUGCCUGUGACCAUUUAAAUCAUGAAGAAUGAAAGGGACAGCCGAUCCGUUUAAGUUGAAAUUACUUGAUCUAAAAUGUUCUUGUGUGUCUUGCCUCUUCUUGCCGGUGACAGGAUUCAGGACAAACUAAAACGUGUUGAUUAUCGUCCCUGUUGACUUUUUUAUAUUUCAGCACUGUCGAACAAGCUGGAUGCCAACAUUUUUUAAACGCUCAAGCCGAAGAGUUUAUGCCUUCUUUACGAGAAUUGGAUGGAUUUAAAACAAAUGAUUCUAACAGACUUGAGCUUGGGUAUGCAUUAAGGUAGGUGCACACAUAAAGGGCGAUUAUCAUUCUUGAGAACUAAACGAGGCACAGGCUCGAUUACCAGACCCUGUUAGGGAAAUGAGCCCGCGCUCCUCAACUAAACAGACGGCUGGACGGACGAAUUUGUUAUUGUCAAUUACCACCAAUCAGAUGGUUAUCUGCUCUAAUCGAGCAGGCAGCGUAAAUUUCCUUUUCCUGGAGCAGAUUUCAAACAGCGGGUACAAAAGUGUUGUUUGAUGUCGUGCGCGAUUGUGUUUUAGAGCGCUUUAAGCUUAUAUAAAAACCUAUUUACAUUUACAUUAGCUUGGAGAAGCUGGCAAAUGCUAAGAAUGUUUUUGAAAUUCAACCAACCGGAACUAUGGUUGUUGACAGCUAACGUGAAUUUAGAGAGAUGAUUGUCAAGUCCAUCGGUAAUGCAAGAUCAAUGUAAAUACAAUUUGUACGUGUUUCUGCUGAUUUUUACUAUGGCAAGUAUCAAAGCGGCGACGAGGCAAAACACAUCAUGAGUUCGGUAUUUAAUGACAUUCUCAUUCCAAAAGCUUCGUAACAACGCAUAAAUUAAAUAUUGAGUUUACGUCACAGACACGUUAGCCACUCACGCGUCCAGCCGUUUCUUCUCGAGGAGGACCGAGACAGCGGCGGAAAUCGAGCCCAAACUAAACGAGGCCUUGCAUGGUACGGAUGUCUUGGUCCUUUGAGAAAAAUUUGUCAAAAAUAACUAAGGUGCUACUUAUCUGAACGAAGACAAAUCUAUUCAGUCUCUGGUGUGCUUUCCAGCCUCAAAAGCCUUGAUAGAGAAGUCCCGCAUGGCUCCAUUUUAGGCCCUCUUCUCUUUUCCACGCGCCUGUGACCAUUUAAAUUAUGAAAAACUAGUGCAAGAAUAUAACAGAAACCCGAUCAGUUUUAUUUGAUGCUGUUGGAUCUAAAAUUUUGUUGUGUGUCUGGGCCUUGUUUUGUUUUUGUAACAGAGCUCUUGGUUCGCUAUAACGUAUUAAUUACCCUAAGGCUAGCUUGUUGUAUUUUUUGACAUUGCAGCAUUGCCGAUCACGCUCAAAGCCAACACACUUUAAAUCCUAAAGCAAAUGAAUUCCGCCCGUCGUUCGGCGCAUCUCAAAGACUUCAAACAAAUGGUUCCAACAGGUACGCAUUAUAUUUCACGCUAUUGCGCACUAUGGACUUUAAUUAAUUGUAAGAAAAAAAUGAGGUGUUAUAUGUUAUAGGUGUUCUGUAUCUUUGUGUUGAGAAGGAUUUCUUGUCAGAAAUUCAUAUAUCGUUAUGAUGCCAUAAUCAGUGACGUGAUCUCUCACUGGAAUAUUUGCAUGUAAACUAAAAUAAACGCUGUUCCUUCUCCUAAGAUUUUUUUGCCUCCAAGUAAACAGCGGCUAGGAUUCGAGCCAUUUCGAAGAUCAUUGUAGGGUGAUAGCAAUUACCUUUGCGCGAAUCUCGCCAGCUCAACUGCAACAAAGCAUAGGCUUAAGUAUCACAUUCAGUCAUUAGUGUGCUUUCGAGCUUCGCAAGUCCAGACAGAGAAGCCCCAUAUAGCUCAAUUUUAGGCCCCCUUCUCUUUUAGCAAGCGCCUGUGGCCAUUUAAAUCAUGAAGAACUUAUAUACAAGAAUAUAAUAGAAACCUGAUCCCUUUAAUUUGCCUCGCUUGUUCUGUUUUUUUUUUUUUCAUUUUAGCAAUGCCGAUCAGGCUAAAAGCCAACAUACUUUAAACCCUCACGCAAGGGAAUUCCGCCCGUCGCUUGAAGCAUCUGAAAGCUUUCAAACACAUGGUUCCAACAGGUACGCAUUAUAUUUUAUUCUAUUGCGCACUAUGAACCUUAAAUAUUUAAAGAAAAACUGAGGUAUUGUAUGUAAUUGGUGUUCUGGUUCUUUGAGUUGAGAAGGAAUUCUUAAUAGAAAUUCAUAGAACGUCGUGACACCAUAAUCAGACGUGGUCUUUUGACGUGCCCUCUCACUGGAAUGUUUGCAUGUAAACCAAAAUAAACGCCGUUCCUUCUCUUAGGAUCUUUCUGCCUCCAUGUAAACAGCCGCUAGGAUUCGAGCCAACUCGAAGAUCAUUGUAGGUUUUCCGGACAGCAAUUACCUUCCUGCGAAUCUGACUACCUCAACUGCCAUAAAGUAUUGGUUCGAAUAUCACAUUCAGUCUUUGGUGUGCUUGCAAGCCUCGCACGCCCAGGAAGAGGAGUGCCACAGGGCUCAAUGUUAUGCGCUCUUCUCUUUUUGCAUGCGCCUGUACCAUUUUAAUCACGAAGAAGUAGUACAAGAAUAUAAUAGAAUCCCGAUCCUUUAAUUUGAUGCCUUUCAAUCUAAAAUUUUUUUGUGUGUCUAGUCCUUGUUUUGCAGUUGUAAUAGCGCUUUUGGUAGAUUAAAACGCGUUGGUUACUCUCGCUUGUUGUGUUUUUUUUUUCAUUUCAGCCUUGCCGAUCAGGCAAAAAGCCAACAUAUUUUAAACCCUGAUGCAAGGGAAUUCCGCCCUUCGCUUGAAGCAUCUGAAAGGUUUCAAAGAAAUGGUCCAAACAGGUAUGCAUUAUAUUUUAUUCUAUUUCGCACUAUGAACGUUAAAUAUUUAAAAAACUUAGGUCUUGUAAGUGAUGGAUGAUCUGGUUCUUUGAGUUGAGAAGGAAUUCUUGUCAGAAAUUCAUAGAACGUUGUGACGCCAUAAUCAGUGACGUGCCUCUUUCCGGAAUGUUUGCAUAAACCAAAAUAAACGCUGUUCCUUCUCUUAGGAUCUUUCUGCCUCCAUGUAAGCAGUCGCCUGGAUUCGAGCCAACUCGAAGAUCAUUGUAGGUUUUUCUGUUAGCAAUUAGCUUCCCGCGAAUCUCACUAUCUCAACUGCAUAAAAUUCCGAAAAUAAGCCCUGGAGCUUAUAUUUUUGAGGGGCUUAUUUUUGGAGGGGCUUAUCUAAGGAGCGAAAUUUGCGUUUUAAAAUCGAUUGGGCUAGCCUUAUAGUUGGAAGUGAAUUUACCGUUUUUGCUUUGCUUUACUUUGUAUUUGAGGGUAAUUUUCCAAGUACAAGCCCCCGGGGGGCUUAUAUUUGGAGGGGCUAUUUAACAGAAGGUUUUUUGCGUUACCGGUUUGGGGGCUUAUAUUUGGAGGGGCUUGUACGUGGAGGGGCUCAUUUUCGGAAUUUUACGGUAUUAGCGUCCGUCUUUGAUGUGCUUUCCAGACUCGCAAGCUAAGGCAGAGGAGUCCCACAGGGCUCAAUUUUAUGCCCUCUUCUCAUGGUACACGCGCCUGUAACCAUUUUAAUUACGAAGAACUAGUACAAGAAUACAAUAGAAUCCCGAUCCGUUAAAUUUAAUGCCCUUUGAUCUAAGAUUUUGUUGUGUGUCUGGGCCUUUCUUUGCUUUUGUAACAGAACUCUUGGUAGACUAAAACUAGUCGAUUACCCUUGCUUGUUGUGUUUCAGACAUUUCAGCAUUGCCUUUCAAGCUCAAAGCCAACAUACUCUAAACCCUGACGCGCAAGAAUUUCGCCCGUCGUUUGGAAGAUCUGAAAGAUUUCAAAGAAAUGAUUCCAACAGGUACGCAUUAUAUUUUAUUCUAUUGCGCAAUAUGAACAUUUAUUAGUUAUAAGAAAAAACAGCUGAGGUAUUGUGUGUUAUAGGCGUUCUGGUUCUUUGAGUUGAGAAGGGAUUCAUGUCAGAAAUUCAUAGAACGUUAUGACACUAUUAUCAGUAACGAGGUCUUUUGACUUAGCCUCUCACUGGACAGUUUGCAAGUAAACCAAAAUAAACGCUGUUCCUUCUCCUAGGAUCUUUCUUCGUCCACGUGAAUAUCUGCUAGGAUUCGAGCCAACUCGUAGAUUAUUGUAGGUUUUCCUGAUAGCACUUAGCUUGCAGCGAAUCUCACUAGCUCAACUGCAACGAAGUAUUGGCUUACUUAUCAGAUUCAGUCUUCGGUGAGCUUUUUAGCCUCGCAAGCCCACACAGAGGAGUCCCACAGGGCUCAGUUUUAGGCCCUCUUUUAUUUUUGCACGCGCUUGUGAACAUUUAAAUUAUGACAAACUAGUACAAUAAUAAGAAAAGAAACCCGAUCCGUUGUGUGUCUGGACCUUGUUUCUCUUUUGUAUGGCAGAGCUCUUUGGGAGACUAAAACGCGUUGGUUACCCUUGCUCGUUGUGUUUUUUACAUUUCAGCAUUGCCGAUCAAGCUCAAAGCCAACAUACUUUAAACCCUGACGCGCAGGAAUUCCGCCCGUCGUUUCAAACAAAUGGUCCCAACAAGUACGCAUUAUAUUUUAUUCUGAGUAAAUAACCGAGGUAUUAUACGUUAUGGAUGCUCUGGUUCUUUGAGUUGAGAAGGAAUUCUUGUCAGAAUAUCAUAGAACGUUAUGACGCCAUAAUCAGUGACGUGGUCUUGUGACGUGUCUCCCACAUAUUCUGAAUGUUUGUAUGUAAACCAAAAUAAACGCAGGAUCUUUCUGCCUCAAAGUAAACAGCCGCUAGGAUUCGAGCCAUCUCGUAGACUGAUGUAGGUUUUCCUGAUUCAACUGCAACAAAGUAUUGACUUAAGUAUCACAUUCAGUCUUUUGUGUGCUUUCCAGCCUUGCAUGCCCAGAGAGGAGUCCCAUAGGGCUUAAGUUUAUGCCCUUUGCUCUUUUUACACCUCUCUGUGACCAUUUUAAUUUUGGGGAACCAAUUACCGGGAUAAAAUAGAAACGCGAUUCGCCGUUUAGUUUGAUAUUAUUUGAUCUUAAAUGUUGUAGUGUGUCUUGUUCUGUUUUUCUUUGGUUUAAUCAUAACCGUUCUCAAUAGCUUAAUACAUUCGUUUUCACCCCUUACUUAACACGCCUCCCUGUUUUUUGCGUGCAGCAUGCGAGAUAUUAAGCCUUGAGCCGGUGUAACAGUAAUUUUUUAACAAAAAGUUUCUUUCUACACAGCGACUUCUCCCAUUCAUUAUGCUUAUCAACCUAAACCUUCCUAUAUCUUGACAUCAAGCUGCUGAACAGCUGACAGGCUGGUUUACUUUUAUUCAGUUUUGAAAUCGUUAGCACCUUAUCAUCAUCAUUAUCAUCAUUAUCGUGAUAAUCGUUAUCUUCUUAAUCAUCAUCUUCAACAUUAUUCUUAACCUUUUUUGUCAUUUUCAUAAUCGAUCAUAACCAUCAACGUCAUCGUCAUGCCCAUUACAAUCGUCACUGAUACCUAGUGUUAAGGAUUAUUUCUUGUGCCUUUUUUCUAAAAGAAGUGUUUGUAAGAGCGAACCGGAAGUGCAUUUUUACCGGAAAUUACGUUACGCGCGGGAAGAUUGAUUGACAGUUUCAAAUAAAAGUCCCCGGAUUUAGGGGAGGAGCGCUUACGCCAUAGAAAAAACUCUUGUGUGGAUGUUUCUCUUUUUUUACGGGAUUUUUUCAAUGGGAACUCUGGACUUUUUUAGGAAGAGGACUGAGAAAAUUUAGGAACCUAAGGAGAAACACCUAGUUUAACAGAUUCCUGUUUUAUGGCCAUUUUUUUCGCAAGCAAUUUGUAUUCCUUUUUUCACUAUCCCAUACUCCUUCACUCCACUCCAUUAACAGCGUACGCUUUUUAAAAAUACCACAAGCCAAUACCCCGGAGCGAUUUACUCACUUUCACAUUACAUACGAACUGAUAUUUCAUUUUUUUCUUAAAUUUGACUGUCAAAGAAAGUUUUCAAAAACGGGCAAGUAAUAAAUGGAGGCCAGAAAAUAACAUUUGAUGUUCCGAUGAUAUUUGCUAUUCAUUUUUAUAUACAUCAUGCUACAGCUUCUUUUUGUGGGAAAAGAUUUGUGCAAACGCCGUUGCAUAGGCUAAGGAAGGGUAGUUGUGCGCAUGCUCUGGAUUAUAGGCUUCUGAAAUACAAUAAUCUUUUAAUAUUACUCGGUCCAUUUUUUAAAAAUUCUAAUUUUCUUUUUCUUGUGUUUACCAGGUGGUACUAGGGCUGAUUCGUCGGGGCCAGGAGCCCAUCUGGGCCUAUUGCGACUUCUGCAAGGAAUCUGUUUGAUGCGUACACUGUCUGCACUCAAAUGAGAUUCAUUAUAAGUUGUAAUUAUAUUUUGUGUCAUUUCAAAUUGUAUAUUUAUUAAAUAGUUUUAAUAAACCUUUUCUUAUUUUUGAAUCAUGGUGCUUCUAUUUUAGAUUAAUUAAGACGUUUAGGCUUGGUUUCCACCAGCGAUUUAACGACGAUCGUAAUCAUGAACAAAAUCUAGCAGGGAACGCUAUUAACGAAAUUUAUCACGUACAAUUAUCAUAAGAACAAGAUCGGUUUUUUUCAACCCUUACGACAAUGCCGAACGUAUGUAUCUUAAUACUUUUCAGCCUUCCGGGAUCCCGUUUAAAGACAUAGUAGACAUAACCAUUCUUUGUUUGCGAUUUUGAACUUUUUUGUAUAAGUCAAAAAAGUAUUUUAUUAGGUGCAAGUAAACGAAUGGAUAAAAAAAUAGCACUACCAAAAGCAACUUUUCUUUUUCUUUGUUGAGUCUAGUAAAGGAACAAUUGACUCAACAAAGGAAGCUGUGAACGGAUAAAAUCUAAUUACUAGUGAAAAAACUAUCCAUUAUAUGGUCAAUGAAUCCUUUUCCCUAGGUUUUCUCUAGUGUUAAAGAGACGGAGACGAGUGGCGAAAAUUCAGAGUUAACCCCCAAAAGAGCACAAAUCUGGGCGUGGCUUUGUUGCAAUUUUCACCCCUAAGGGAGACGAAGAGCCUCCCCUUCACGAGUCUGUGAGAGUCCACCCGCCGGGAUUUUCAACCUAAAUUUUUGUAACCUGAGAAAACAGCUGAUAUUUCGCGACGCCACCACUAGCCUGUGAACAGGCUCUCUUUUUGGGGAAAGGGUUAACUAAUCCCUCUUCCCGCGAUUUUUUCACCCUUCGCGAAACAGAGAGCCUGUUCACAGGCUAUGCCACCACUAGUUUCCCCGCAAAAUGACGUCUGUGUUAACGGGCAGACCACAAUUGUUUGUUGAUCUAGUAGGCAUGGGACUACACUAACGAGAACUAUGUGAGCCAUGAAAUGUGAAUCAAGAGCAAUAGGCUGAUUUAGCAACAGGACGGGGAAGUCAGUUGACAACGGGAAAGUGUGCGGAAAGGACUAAACACGACUUCCGGUGCUCAAUUUGCCGCUCUGCCAUUGGUCAAGCCAGUUGUUUGAUUUGCGCGCGCCGUCGUUAACUGACGUUCCCGUUCUGUUGCUAAAUCAGCCUAAUAAUCUGGGAGCGAGCGACUCCCAAACUAGGCCUAUGUCAAGGCGUUUUCACAGACCGAUUUAAGAGAAGAAAAUAUAAUUAAAGGUCUGAAAAUGCCAUUAGGCUUCCUCGCCAUCAGCUUUUUAAUAUUCAAGUUGUAUAAAUUAUAGCAAAACAAUAAACUUGAACUUUGAACAAUAAACAAUAAACAAUUUUCAGGUGUGUAGGUUUCUGUGGAUACAUAUGAACAAGGGAUAAAGGAUAUUCCUGUAUUUGUAUAGGCAAUAGCAUGAUUUGUAGUGAUAUUUGGCAUAACUACUAUGAGUGAUAUUUCAAAAAAUUGUUAUACGUAAUUUCGCAAGCCGUUAGGCAAGUAAAAUUUCAGACAAUUUUGAAAUAUCACGAGUGGUGUUUUUGCCAAAUGCACGUACAAGUCAUGCUAUUAUUUGUUUAUACCACUACCCACAAGAGGUUUGUAAUUUUCACAUGUAGGUAUUUCAAAUUAAGCUGAAAUACCUCUGCUCUGAGCCAAUCAAAUUGCAGAAAUUUCUCUAGUAGUACUCGUGGUAUUUAUGCCAAAUUAGCCUGUGCCAGGCUCUCAGAUAGUAUAGUGGGAACGUAUUAAAACGAGCAAAGCGAAAAUAAGACGGGCACAACUUGGGAAAGGGGGCGAUGUCUCUCCCCAGCCCCCGCGCGUUUUUCGCAUUUCUUAUUACUGAACGACUUUCCACCACCAUCUCGGAGCCUGGAACAGGCUAAUGCCAAAUAUGCUGUUACAAAUUGCACCGCCUCGACUACGCCCCUAAAGCCGCCUACUUUUAACUUUUCGUUGACCGCGCGAAACUGGAUCUUGUUGCUUGGUAACCUGGCAUUUCUUUCGUAAUGCAAUGUGUUGAUUUCAUGGGUGGCCAUCGUAGUCAAGCACAUCGCCAUGAAGUUUUACUGUACGAUUUGCAUGCUAAAGUAAGUACAUGAGUCUUGAAUUUUUUUUGAAACUUGCUUCAAUAGAUUUGACAUCUAAUAAAUUGGUUUUCCCGUUCGCAGAUUUAACUGGGAUCAAGUUACGAGUGCUUUUUGGCGGCGAUAUCCGAACCCGUUUAGUCGACACGUGCUAUCUGAGGAUGUCAUAGAAAGGUGAUUUUGCUCAUGUAGUUAAUUUCUGGAUGUGUCAGUUUAAAAUAUUUUAGCUAUGUGAAUAUGUCUUAUAUUUCUGUGGAAGCAUGCAGAGUGUCUUGUUGCUUUUCUAUUUCUGUGGCAAGUUGUAGGCUUUCGUGACAAGCAGCUCGUAAAUAUUUUUGUCCAUUGAUUGCGUUGUAAAUUCUAAUUUACAUAAGUCUUACUGUACAUUUCUUUCCAAACACUUUUUAGUGUCUAAUAAUGUGUAUGUGGUCUUGCCAUAGUACAUGUGCACUCUAAUUCCUUGUAGUCAUAGUCAAACUGGAAAUGAUAACGUCUAUUUUCUCAUUUAUUCUGUUUGAUAUUGACAUUGAUUGCUCGAUAUUUACGUUACAGUUGAAGAUGUACGAUUUUGUACUAUGAAGAUAUGCAAAAACUGUGUUAGCUACAUUUUUUCCUUGAGUAGCCACAUACUUCUCCCUUAAUACAGCUAGAAAUAGUGUUUUCAACUGGUUAUACUUGUCAAGUCUUCUUUUGAUAUUUGUACUUUGGUUUUGAGAAUUUAUAUUUGCAACAUUAUGUGAGGCUGUAGUAACAAGUAUGGGAACUGGCAGGAGACAUGUCCAUACAAGAGAUGUGUGUGCAAGUACAGGUUCUUUUUCCAUACAAUAAAUGUACUGUACAUGAUUAGUAAGUAAAGUUCAUAUCACUGGCUUAAACCUUUUCUUUCCUUAUUAACUGCAAUGAAAAAAAUCACACACACCAGAAAUCAAAUAUUACUUUUCUGUAAAAUUCCUUAAGUUAAGGAACUCUUAUUGAUCUUUUCAACCUAAGAAUGCAUUUAUUUUACCUAGAACAGCAACAUUAGUGGAAUACAUGAAUAUAGUUUCUUAAUCAUUUAUUGAAGAGAUAAAAUGCACCAGUAUUAAACUAUGCUGUAAAUAACAUUAUUGUCAUUUGUUUCAGGUCUUUAGUAGGCAAUAAACUUGUCACCAAAAAACUUGUAACGAAAACAAACAGUCCACCAAGAUGGGCAGAAAGGGUAAGCAACUGAUUUAUGAUUCUUCCUUUGAUCUUUGAUGCUAUAUACACAUAAAAUAGUGUUCCAAGGUGUGCAGAACAGUACUGCGUAAAUGUAGGUUGACAGUCACUGGCAUCAGCUCUUGAUGCUUUAGUCUUGAGACUCAGUUCUCAAUUUUGAGAAUCAAUGGUGACUAUUUAUACAUCGUAUAAAAUAAUGCAAUGUACUCUUUUCAUUUUUUCACACACUUUUUCUAAGUACCUCAUAUCGGUAAUUUAUCUAUAAGUGUUUGAAAUGAUUAUAUGACUGUGAACAAGGUGGUGGUUACUGUAAUCAAGAGUGGUCACUCAGAGUCAGUGUUUCUGUUAUUAUUUAUAUCAGUGUUUAUUUAAGUGUACAGUGGGACCUCUAUAUGUUUAAUGAACCUCUAUAUAACGAAGCCCUUGGUAUGACUAAUGACAUCACAGAAUUAUGGGACCCACAAUUUGGCGGGCCACGCAGAUCUACAGGUGCUGUUCCAUAAUGAUUUUCUUCACCAGCUCUGUAUAGUAAAAAUAUAUGGAAAAGAACCUCCAAAUGAUGAAGUAAACCUCAUUAUAGCAAACAUUUUCACCAGUCUCUUGGCCCUUUAUUUCAUUGAGGUUCCUUUGUGUAUGAUGCAAAAAUUUUUUAAUUGACAAUUCUGAACUUUGUGUCUCCUAAAAAGUUCUUGAAUUUGACCAUCCAAAAACUGCUUUUUCCCCUUCAGAAAUGUUGCAGAGACUCUAGGAAUGCAUAGAGGAUCAUGAAUGUUAGGCUAAGGAUAUCACAUGAUGUCAGUUGAUUUUCUCUAUCUUCAUUCUGGAUUCUGAUUGUUUUGUGGAAUUUACCAUUUUUUUAAUUUUCUUACUGUAACUAGAAAGUAUAGGGAAGUAAAUUAAAUGAAGAUUCUGAAGAUGAUUGGCAAAUUAUGGACAAUGACAAUCCUUGGUUUUGCUGCCAUGUUGUAAAUUGUUCUAUAUUCUUGACAUUCUUGCAACCCAUUCUAUGUCAUAUACUUGUCAAUGUGAGUGACAUGAUAGGGUGGACAAAUUGACAAGUAUGGGAAUAAAAUAGGUUUUGCAAGAUUUUUGACCAGUUUUAAUUUGAGAGACAUAUUUUACACAAAUGUAAGAAUAAAAAGCGACCAAAAAAAAAUCGUGUCUUAAAUACUUCGAAGAAAUAGCCUGAUGUAUCUAUAGGAGUAUAUAAACUGCACAUUAACAAUUUUUUUGUCACUGCAUCUUUCAUCAUGGCAGUGCUUUUCUUAUUGUUUUGUAGUUUACAAGUGCAAGAGUUGCUUGUAUCGUGGAAGAAUCAGUAGUAGAUCCUGAAGCUAAAACUUUAACAACAUACACAAAGAAUGUGACAUUUACCAGACUCAUGGUGGUGGAGGAAAAAUGUGUUUACUCAGUCCAUCCCACAAACAAAGAAUGGUGAGUGCUACCUUUUUCAGCCCUUCAUACAGUUCUCUCUCCAUUUCUUGUGGUGCUAAUGAAAAAAAUUUGCAUGAAAUUUGUUUGAAGCAUUUCACACCUUUUAGAGGACUGUAUACAAUCCUUAAUAAAGAUAUGAGGAUGGCAACAGCAGGGAAAAUAUUGUUUGAAAUUAAAAGUGAAUUUGUGGUUUUUCAAUCUUCAGUGCAGUUACUCCAACUUGCUUACUUUGCCAAAAGUAUACUUUUGGCAAAGUAAGCAAGUUGGAGUAACUGCACUGAAGUAUUGAAAAACCACAAAUUCACUUUUAAUUUCAAACAAUAUUUUCCCUAUUUUCCCUCCCUGGAUAUAUCCAAACUAUUGUGGAGUUGAAUCACUAACAGCCUUAAUUAUCCAAGUUCAGAAAGAGAAAGAAGAGUUUUUUUGUUGCUUUUUUACGUGCUGUAUAAAACAUGAAACUGGGCAUUUUAAUGUUGUACUUAGUCAUGUAACAGUUAACAUCAAGUGGUACAUUUGAGGUUACAUUCUAUCACAAACUUAACUCUCACCCCUUCUAAGAACAGGGUGCGCCAAAACUUAUGUCCGAUUGUCCUGGACAGGUAGAAAUUUAGUUCUGACAUGCAAACCUUUGACAUGACUUGUCCAUAGGACAAGCACAUUUUUAAUAAUAUUAGAAAGAAUAAAGAAACAGUUGAAAAUUGUCUUCAAAUUACAAUGAAAUUAAAAUUCAUCUUAAAAUUAGUCACAACAGCAAACCUCAUACUUAACAUUUAAUAAGGUUAAAUAUUCCUUUAACUUGGCCACUCCAUGAUCAUUUCAUUUGUUUUACGAGCUCCAUUUUGGGUGUAAGUCAACAGCGUUCCAGUUAAUUCUUUCAAGUGGGGGGUCAUGUAGACCAUCUGAGGGGUCAACCAGACCACGUGCUAAUUUUUUUUAGUCAUAUUUAACUUAACACUUGUAUGUCAUCUGUCAGGUCUGCCUUGCCUUGAAAUAGAGAUGUGAGGCUAAUCGGAAAGGGCCUAUUUCUCACAUGACUCAGCUGUUGAUUAAAAUAAUGAAGUAAUCAGAUACACAACUAGGGUUUGCUGAACAAAAUUCAUUUACAUGUACUUUGUCUGUGGUUUUACUCCGUUUUGUUCCUUUUUUAACUCCUUUUUUUCAAAGUUUCUAAAAAAGCAACAACUUUGAGUGGUAUUCCCAAAUUUUCUGAUAUUUUUUUUUCUGGAAAAUUCCAUUCCAUUAAUUCAUUAAUUUAAUUUUGGUUAUCAUAACUAUAACAAAAUUAUUGAUAGUUUAAGCUUUUCUAAAAUUGAAACACUGAUGCAUACUGUCCAAUUACACUUUCCUAUUAAUGCCGAGAUCAGGACAGUUCAUGAUAACCAAUCAGAUUUGAGAAUUCUGUAAUAGUUAUAAGAUUGAAAGACUCAACCACACCUACUGUUUUUUAUAAUGUUGUUGUAAGCACCAAUGAAAGUUAGUUAGCAUAUUUUAAAGAUUCAACUUUUCUUGAACCAUUUUAGGCCUGUAUUGUUUCAAAAUUCAUUGCUACUUCUUGUUCCAGGGUUACAUGUCAAAAGCAGAGCUGGGUUUCAUCUAAUGUCUUUGGAUUUUCAAGAGCAAUAGAAAGAUUUGGAAUUGAAAGAUAUAAGUUAAAUACAUCUAAGGUAUGUAUCGUAUGAUACAUUUUUUCAAUGAAAGUUUGCUUGAUUGCUCUAAAUAUGUUAUAAUUUCGAGGUGCGUCACAUAACCGAGUAUCUUUGCUUUGUAUCUCUUGCUUUCUACUUUUUUUUAACCUUAAUUUAAUUGCAGUUAUUUUCUUUUCAUAUCAUUCCUGGCCCGCCUAGACUAACUACAGCUAUUUAUGGUGCCAGGACACUUGUAAAAAUAUUCUUUACAAAAUUUAUAAUAAAGUCUUGAAUCUUUAAUCUUGAAUCUUUGGGCAGCAAAACAAAAUUAAGUCAAAUUUUUUACUCUAAGAGCUCUAGCUGCUCACCUUCUUUUUAGUUAUAAGUUUUCAAUGACUUCUACAUCUUCUAAAGCUGAUAUUAAACAAUGAACGAAUCAUUUUGCAUUCAAAACAAAUCAUCUGGCAUCGAUUGUUUUGAUUGAUUUUUUUUAAAAAGCUAAAACGUUUAUUUUUAAAAAGUGAUUAAUGAGUUUCAACUUAUUAACAGACGUCAGCACAGAAUUGACCUAAAACAGCACCUCUUUAACCUUUUCACCUCCUGGCCCAGUCAUGGUGCAACCAUUCAAAUGAAACCUAUUUUGGCAGUAAUUGCACAUGGUACAAUUCAAUGUUCAGCAUACGUAUCUGGGGAACUGCCCAUCUGCCCCUCCCCUAAGCCAACAUUUUGCCCUAAGUGAGAAGUAAAUGUCAAUGUUGGCUUAGGGGAGGGGUAGGUGGGCAAUUUCCCAGAAAGGUAUAAUGGUCCGAUUAAAUUGCUGUUCUAAAACCAAUAAAAAUACAAUGGAAGCUGUCAUGAGCGGACACCUGCAGGACACACAAAAAAGGUGUCUGUAACUUGGGCUAACUGCUUUUGGGAAUUUAAAAUAACAGAGUUCAGGGCUGUCACUAAGAUUUGAAGUUGCCAGGUAAAUACAGCAAGUAGACAGGGAACAGCUAGGGAUUUCUUUUGGUUCUAUUUUUCUUCUAUUUCCCUAUGGAAGAAGCUGGGGGCCAUGUUCUUAGUAGACAGGGGAAAUCCCCAGCUCCCGCGUCUUAAUGAGAACUCUGGAGUUUAUAUGGCAGCUAAGAAAAAUGGAGUUUUGUGAAGGCGUGCAUAAGUAGAGCUGUCUGCUCACAAGGGUGUAGCCAGCCCAUAGACUUGUAGGCCCAGACCUACAACUUUUUGAUCACUUUACCGCUUGCAAUAAAUUAUGCAUUGUUGGGGAGAGCUUAAAAGCUUAGAGCUCAAAGUGUUGUCGAGGUCAGUGCGUACUAGUCAUGCAUGCAAUUUUCAGGAUGUGUGGAAAUGAAAGUCAGCCAGGCUUACAACUAGUUUGAAAAGCUGGUUACGCCCCUGGCGUACGAGGGUGUCCUUCGGACAGCUUCCACUGUAGGUGUUUUGGUGAACUCUUUCCUGGAGAAAUCACACAAUGUGCCGCAUAAUAGAUCUUUCUGCCGCAAAAUGGGAGCUCCUGGAAAUUCCGCAUAAUUUCCUUAUAUUUUUCACACCCUUUCCAUGGGCUGUAGCCUGAUAUAUCGAUUACAUUUUUAGAUUUGUCCUUUCUUACUUUAAGCACCAACCGUAAGGAUUUGUUGUUUGUUUUCAGGCAUCAAAAGGCCUACAGUCAAUACUGGAGAAGUUAUAUGUUCCUGAAAGGCCACAUAUUCCUCUUGCCCUGCCUGUACCACAGAUUAGUUGA